AUGCCUACCGUAAUAAUACUGGACGUUUCUUUGUCCAUGUCAAGACCGGUACAAUUAUCCGAUGGAACCGAGACUACAAGAAAGCAAAUGGCAAUUGCAGGAAUUAAUGCAUUUUUAGAUCAUUUAAGUAUUCAUUCAAAGCUGGAGUUUAUUUCAUUGAUGGCCUUUUCUUCGUUAUAUGAAGAAAAAUGUCCGUUUACCAGAGACUACAACCUAAUAAAAGCUGAACUAAAAAAUAUAGACGAUUACGAUAAAACCUGUAUAGAAACCGCUUUUCAUGGUGUAAACCAAAUGGUUCUAGGAGAAUGGGGUAAUAAUACGGCCUGUCAGAUCAUAAUGAUAACAGAUGGCAGCACAGGUGUGGGUAGCCACUCUCUUAAAGAAUCAUUUGCCACUUUAAAUCAAAGAAGCGCCACAAAUCAGUUUCCAAUUCCGUUUUCGUUUCCUGCAAAACUCCACAUUGUCUGUGUGGCGCCAUCCAACGACCCCAAUCUUAUUAAAUCUAAACCAUUAUAUCAAAGACUGGUAGACUUAAGCGGUUACGAUGGUUCAAUUUCGAUACCAGAGCAUAUACAGGGUGAAGCUGCUGUGGUGACGAUUUUUCAAAAACUAGCCGAAGAUACAUAUACAUCCUUUAAGGGUACUUUAAAAUGUGGAAACUUAGAGUCAAAAAUAAUUUUAUCACCAACUCCAGUGCCAUACAAUAAAGCAACAGAUUUUGAAACACAAACUUUAGAAAUAAGUAACUUAAUAGAAGUAUGUGGUUUUAUAUCCGUUUCAGAUGUUGGUUCCCCAAUGGCAGUCAGUAGACAUUUAAUUUUACCAGCCAAUAUAAAUAAUAAAGAAAAUGUAUCAAAUGAGAUAGAUCUUACAGAUGACGAUGCAACUGAUGAAGGUAAAAAUCCAUCUUUUUGCGUUCUCCUCCAUGGAGCCCUAAAAGUUGAGAACAUGACCGCUCUGGUGAACUUGGGCGAGAAUUGGUUUGGAUUUGUCUACUCCUAUGCAGAUUCCAAAAAAAAAUCAAAUCUAAUGUUAACGAUUUUGGCCCCGGGCUCGGACGUGGUACCUUGGCUGGGCGACCUCAACUAUCUGGCAGCUUCAGAUACAGUGUUGCCAGAGCAGGUGGGAACUUUCCCGGUAAGACCUAGCGAAAAAAGAAGUUAUUCACAAAAUGGGGUUGUUUGGAUUAGGCAGGCAGGACUUCAAAGUGACAUUCAGAAGAUUUUGAGACAUGCAAGAAAGUUGCCUGAGAAAACUAUGCAUUUUUAUAAGGAGUUAAACAGGCUUCGAAAAGCAGCCAUUUCCCUGGGAUUUUUAGAUCUUUUAAAUGGGUUGGCCGCCAUUUUUGAACAAGAGAUGCUUCAACUACCGGGUAGUGCGCAUCCAGAUUGCGCGCUACAAUUACAACACGCGGCUGAGGUUUUAAGAAAAACGCAAAAUAUGGACAUCAAAUACACAGUAAUGCCACUACAGACAAACUAUACCAGUUCAUAG